CUGCAUGCCAGAUGGCUUGUAUUGAACAGAUGAUAAAUUACUCCAGGAUAUGACUGUCAAGAUGCCGUCUGGUACCUCGCAAUCCCCGGAGGACUCUAAAGCUCUCCUGUCGCAGGAGAAAUCGAAGAGUAAAGGUCCGUUUCAUGUUGGACCUCUUUUCCAGCAUCGGGCUGAGAAGAUUGUCAUCACACGAAGUGACAGUGUUCCUGAUGAGAAUGUACUGAAGAUCACCAUCACAGAGACGACCAUUAUUGAGUCUGACCUGGGAAUUUUUAACUCUAGAGCCCUCACCUACCUCAUAUUAUGGUUUUUCUUCAGCUUUUGUACGCUGUUCCUCAAUAAAUACAUCCUCACCUUAUUGGAGGGGGAGCCGAGCAUGUUGGGAGCUGUACAAAUGCUGACGACCACUUUUAUUGGCUGCAUCAAGAUGUUCAUUCCCUGCUGUCUGUACCAGCACAAAGCACGUCUCAGCUAUCCUCCAAACUUCCUAAUGAUCAUGCUCUUUGUUGGGCUCAUGAGAUUCUCCACCGUGGUCCUAGGUCUUGUCAGCUUGAAGAAUGUGGCAGUGUCUUUUGCCGAAACUGUUAAAAGCUCCGCACCUAUUUUUACAGUUAUAAUGUCCAGACUGAUACUGGGAGAGUAUACAGGAAUGGUGGUGAAUCUGUCCCUUCUGCCAGUGAUGGGUGGUCUUGCACUCUGCACUGCAAGUGAAAUCAGUUUUAAUGUUCUUGGCUUUUCUGCAGCCUUAUCUACAAACAUCAUGGAUUGCUUGCAGAACGUCUUUUCAAAGAAGCUUCUCAGUGGAGAUAAGUACAAAUUUUCACCUCCUGAACUUCAGUUUUACACCAGUGCUGCUGCUGUAAUCAUGUUAAUCCCAACAUGGAUUUUUGUAAUGGAUAUGCCACUGAUUGGGCAAAAUGUGAGGAAAUUCAGCUACAGCUGGGACAUCAUCGUAUUACUACUUAUGGAUGGUUUCUUAUUCCACCUACAAAGUGUCACAGCAUACGCCCUUAUGGGGAAGAUCUCUCCAGUAACGUUCAGUGUCGCCAGCACUGUGAAACACGCACUUUCUAUCUGGCUCAGUAUUAUUGUGUUCGGUAAUAGGAUUACCAGCCUUUCAGCCAUUGGGACUGUCCUGGUGAUAAUCGGCGUCAUGCUCUACAACAAGGCUAGACAGCACCAACGAGAAACCAUCCGCCUGAUGACUGUGCUAGCUAACUCGGAGGAUGCCGAGCCACUCAUGGGACAAGAGCAGAAAUCUCAUGGAAAGUAGAAAAGGAUAAAACAUAGUUACUGCCCCUGAAAUGAAGGAGGCUGACUGCUCUCUACUCUCCUUGUGUUACUGGGCUACUUGACAUGACCACGUCCAUCAGCCGUCCACGAGUGAAGUAUUUUUGUUUUAAGACUUGAAAAUAGGGGACCAUAACAUCUCGAAUUGAAGCAGGAAUGGUCAGGUUAAAGUGCACUUUUGGAGCCAGACACAU